AUGGCCAGCAUACAAAACACGUUUGAUCUUCGCAAUCCAUACACAUCGUCUGGUAUGAUCAACAGCCAGUCCAGUGUUUUUUCCCAGCCCUCCAGUCAACCCCCUCAAUCAACACCACAGCCGAUACCAUCCGAGUCAGACUAUCACAGCGGUGCAACUGAUUAUUCCAUUUCUUCGUUUUCUCGCAUUCCCUCUGCUUACCCAUUGCAGCAACUCAUGCAGCAGUCUUCCAAAGCUGCCACUGAAAUGCCUUUCCGAAAGCCUGCACCGCAGUCUGACUUUCUUUCUGAUCUGUCCGGAUUCGUUGGUAAUGGCUGUGUGACAAACAGUGAGUUUGCCAACUCACCAUCCCUGCAAGCAGCAGCUGCAUUGGCCGCACAACAUCGUCCCCUCUACCGACCCUUUAACACAGAGGCUCCCUCACCUCCUCAGUCCGCGGGUCGACUCAGGAGCCCUCCAUUCAGUUCUACUGGAAACCUUCCCCCUCGUAGUUCUGCUGAAGGAGAGCAAACCCUUGGUGACUCCAAAUCGUUGGGAGCAUUAUUGAGAGAAAUCGCUGGAGUACCAGCGUCAACCUCUGUUUCAGCCGGAGCAGCAGCAACAAUGAACACACUGAGACAGGCUAGCGUUGGAGGCUCUGGGAGGAUUGGGGAAAUGUCCAGAUACGACAACCCCAGUAUUCCAGGUUUCGUGGGCGUUGGUGACCAAUCUUUGCUGGGACAGCAGCAUCCAUCUGAAGGAUUUUUAGAUACUUUAACAAGUGGAACACCUGGUCGUUUACCACCUCCACCCCGAAGUCUCUUCCAGACGCCCUCGAACGGCUUGCAACAUCCCCAUGCCGCAGGCAUGAUGUCUCCAGUGCUGCCUCCACCUCCAUCUCACCAGCCACCACCACCACCGCCACCACCACCAUCCUCGCAUCAACAGUACUUUGGGCCCCAACCGAACCCACCACAAUCCCAUGGAGCGCCAACCCCACCAGGCCUCUUCCAGAGCCCGAGGAUUGCAAACAGCGUUCAGGCGGCUGCUGCUGCUGCGGCCUUGGCCCUGGGGAAUGGGUCUGGACCGAUGCCUCCAAUUCCAACCUCUUCGGAUGUCACUAACCGACUAGGUCCACCAUCAUGCUUUAUGCCAUCUUCAAUGAUGCCAAAUAAUGGGGAUGAGGAUGAUGCACCUCGUGGAAGGAAAAAGAGGAAACCGUACACAAGGUAUCAAACAAUGGUACUUGAGAACGAAUACCUCGUAGCUACGUACAUCACUCGUCAGAAACGAUGGGAGAUAUCUUGCAAACUUCACCUAACAGAGCGCCAGGUAAAGGUAUGGUUCCAGAAUCGGAGAAUGAAAAGCAAGAAACUGCAAGCUCGGGCACCGAACCUAAAUAGCGCAAACAGCAAACAUGAUAACAGUGGAGCGGAAGAAGGACAUGGUGGUGGAGCUGGCGAUGGAGGCGGAGGUUCCCGCAGUGGAUGCCCUAGUACUGUUUCAAGUUUGGACUCAGGUGCUCCAUCACAGCACCCCAACAAUCUGCAGCCAUCUUAUAAUAGUGCUGGUGGCGGAAGUGGCGGUGGGGCUUACCCUGGUGCUCCACCGCCCUUUCACUUUACCUCCCCCAUGAAGAUGGAUCCUAGCAAAAGUCCCGGUCAACAUUCAGAUGGAAAGGACUCGGUGAACACCGACUUUGCAACUUCUACUAAUAAUUCUCAGCUCUCAGUGAUCAACUCCUUUGAGCCAUCGAAGUUACAGCCGCCUCAAUCAGUAGUUUCGGGGACAUUUGAUCCCUCCAGACGGUUUGAUAUGCCCUAUCCUGGUGGAAUUCACAUGCCACCACCUCCACCACCAUUUAAUUCAACUGCGUCGGCAGGACCGCCUUUCCAGUUACCGCAGUUUUUGCAGCAUCCGCAGCCACCACCACCGCCUCCAAGAACGCGUGAUGUUUGA